AUAAAUCACCGAGAAAAAAAUAUUAUUAUGAUUGUCAAUACAUUAUUAAGAUUAUCUCUAUCAAGAGUUUCGAGUUUCUGUUCCCAAAACUCCGCUAUAUAAGAAGAUCUCCUCCAUGUUAGCUCAGAUACUAUCAAGCCAGCACAUUUCUUCCACCUUCCUCCAACAUUUCCCUUUCUUUCCUCUUUUUUGGUGAAUUCCUAACUGACCCUUUUUCCAUUUCUGACACAGAACAGAAAGACAGAGAGAGAGAGAGAGAGAGAGAGAGAGAGAGAGAGAGAGAGUGAUCAUUGAAUAUAUUUAUACCCAAACUGAAACUGAAAUGUGGACUCUGUGCAUUGUAACCUUAGUUGUUGUUGUAAGCUUCCUCCAUUGGGUCUACUACUGGAGGAAUCCGAGAUGCAAUGGGAAGCUUCCCCCGGGCUCGAUGGGCUUCCCUAUCCUCGGCGAGACCCUUCAGUUCUUCGCCACAAACACGACCCACGACGUGUCGCCCUUCGUCAAGGACCGAGUGAAGAGAUACGGUCCGAUAUUCAGGACGAGCCUGGUGGGCCGGCCGGUGGUUGUUUCGGCGGACCCAGACCUCAACUACUUUGUGUUCCAACAAGAGGGCCACCUGUUCCAGAGCUGGUACCCCGACACCUUCACAGAGAUCUUCGGGCGACAGAAUGUUGGCUCGUUGCACGGGUUCAUGUACAAGUACCUCAAGCACAUGGUGAUGAAUCUCUUCGGGCCUACAAGCCUACAGAAGAUGCUGCCUGAGGUGGAGAAGACUGCGUUUAAAAGAUUGAAGCAAUGGUCAUGUCGGGACAUGAUUGAAGUGAAGGAUGAAACCGCAAGUAUGAUAUUCCAUCUGACAGCUCGGAAGCUGAUAAGUUACGAUUCUGUAAAGUCUCCGGAGAAUCUACGGGCGAACUUUGUUGCGUUCAUACAAGGAUUGAUCUCCUUCCCACUGGACAUCCCAGGAACGGCCUACCACAAAUGCUUACUGGGAAGAAAAAACGCAAUGAAGAUGCUGAAGAAGUUGCUGCAAGAGCGGAGGAUGAAUCCUAGAAAGCAGCAGAGCGACUUCUACGAUUAUGUUCUCGAAGAACUUAAGAAAGAAGGGACGAUUCUCACUGAGCCGAUUGCUCUUGACUUGAUGUUUGUGUUGCUAUUUGCCAGCUAUGAGACGACUUCUCUUGCUCUUACUCUGGCAAUGAAGUUUCUCUCGGACCAUCCCUUAGAGCUCCAGCGCUUGACGGAAGAGCAUGAGGCCAUACUAAGACAAAGGAAAGAAGCUGAUUCCGGACUUACAUGGAAAGAAUAUAAAUCGAUGACAUAUACAUUUCAGUUUAUAAACGAAACAGUUAGACUCGCAAACAUAGUACCAGGAAUUUUCAGAAAAGCUCUAAGGGAUAUCCGAUUCAAAGGAUAUACUAUUCCUGAAGGUUGGGGAGUUAUGGUGUGUCCACCCGCUGUGCACUUAAAUCCAUCAACAUACCAUAAUCCGCUCUCAUUCAAUCCAUCGAGAUGGGAGGGAAUUGAGGUCAAUGGGGCAUCUAAAAAGUUCAUGGCUUUUGGUGGAGGCAUGAGAUUCUGCGUGGGGACCGACUUCACGAAGGUGCAGAUGGCAGUUUUUCUCCAUUGCCUCGUGACGAAGUACAGUUGGGAAGUCAUUCGAGGAGGCAACACUGUAAGGACGCCGGGUUUACAGUUUCCUGACGGUUUUCACAUUCGGAUGAGAGAUAAAAAUGUGAGAAAAGGAGGCAACAUGUCUCACUAACGAAACUGAACUUUGGAGAAGCAAGUACUUUGUACAUGGAGUUACUUAGAACAAUUUUGGACCCGAUUGGAAUGUAGAGUGAUUU